AGCACAACGUAACCAGACUUUGUUUUCGAUACGUGGUGUUUACGUCAUCACUUCGCGCCAGUCUGAGACUCUGCGGCAUGUAAACACAGAUGAGUGGCAUGGAUCAAACUGCUCUAGACCUUGUUAAGGUCCAUGGAGGUGGAGGCUAUGACUCAGAUUUCAGUGAUGAUGAUGAUGGUGGUGGAGGCCAGUCCAAAAAUGGCGAGAAUAGGGCAGCUAAAGAUGAGCUGUUACAGAAGCCAUUCCAGAAAGGAAAACACACCAAGGUGGCUCAUAAAAAUGUUGCUGCUCAUGAAUGGGACAGAGAGGAAGCCCGAAAUCGACGGCAACACCUGAUAUCAAUGAACGCUUUUGAACGUCACAAGAAGUUUGUCAGCGACUACGUUCUGUACUAUGGAGGAAAGGUUGAGGAGUUCAGACGAUCCACGUCUAAAGACAAGACAGACCUGGAUGUGGUGAGAGAGAACCACCGCUUCCUGUGGAGAGACGAGGAUGAGGAGGAUAUGACAUGGGAGAAAGAGCUCGCCAAGAAAUACUACGACAAGCUCUUCAAGGAAUACUGUAUUGCUGACCUCAGCAGAUACAAAGAAAAUAAGUUUGGAUUUCGGUGGCGCAUCGAAAAUGAAGUAAUAUCUGGAAAAGGUCAGUUCCUCUGCGGAAACAAGCGCUGUGAGAGUAAGGAGGGUCUGAAGAGCUGGGAGGUGAAUUUUGCCUAUGUGGAGCGAGGGGAGAAGAGGAACGCCCUGGUGAAGCUGCGUCUGUGUCCAGAGUGUUCCUUUAAACUAAACUAUCAUCACAAGAGAAAGGAAGUAACAGUGAAGAAGAGACGGCGAUCAAAAGAGAACGUGGACAAGUCACUGUCAAAGACAUCCAAAUCAUCCAGAAAGCACAAGCGCAAACACAAAAAGAGGCGCAAAGAAUACUCAUCUUCAAGUUCAGAGGAGUCCCAGGGUUCAGAUAAAGAUGCAGAGAGUGGAGAAGAAGAGGAAGAGGGUCCUUCAGAGUCAGACCACUGGAGGGGUCCAGCGCCCACCGUGGAGGAGAAGUCACGGGAGGAAGAGUUCGACGAGUAUUUUGAAGACAUGUUUCUCUGAGUCGAGGAAAGGAAGAUCCAAAAGAAUCUCAUGCCUACCCUUUUCUUUUCUUCCGGUUAGCUUUGUUUUUGUGAAGUAUAGUUUGAUUACAAUUUGGUGAUUUGUAAAAAAAAAAUGUUUUGAAUUUCUACUAGGUUUCAUUCAAAGCUAGUGUUUGCUUGUAGGCCAUAUUCAUAAAUCAUUAUCUCAUUUUUUGUAUGUAUAUGUCUGUGUGUGUAUUUUUAUAUAUAUAUAUAUACAUAUAUAUAUAUAUAUAUAUAUAUAUAUGUAUAUAUAUAUAUCGAAGAAAUGCAUAAAAAUAUGUCAGCUAUUGUUGCAUUGUGCACACACACAUACAAAGUAAUACAAAUUAAUUGUCUAUAUAUGAGCAAUCUCACAUUUGUAUUAUUUUUAAAAUCACAUAUAUAUGUGUGUGUGUGCGUGUGUGUGUGUGUGUGUGUGUGUGUGUGUGUGUUUGUGUUUGUUUACAAUUGACAUAAUUACACAAAAAUGAAAUAAUUGCUUGUAAAAUCUUUUUUUUAUACAUGCAACAUCUGAUAUAAUAGUUUUAUAUUUGUUCUGCUCAGAUUUUGUAUGAAUGAGGCCUGCUGUGUUUAUCAGUAGAAGUGUUUGUUUACUUUGAAAGUUUAGUGAGCUCAGAUGAUUAUACUGAAGACAUGUUUGUGUUCCUGUAAGUACAGCAGUCAAUAGCAGUAUUUUAGGAACCCAUAGUAACUUAACAAGCCACUGAAUUUACAGGCAGACCCUGUCAAUGUUUGUAUAAUCUGACCCAUUAAAUGUUGACAGAA